GGUGGAGGUACAGACGGUGGGCGGGGCUUAAACAAGUGACAUGCAGCAUACACAAACUUUGUUAGCUGCCUGCUAACUUUGCUCCAUCGUCUCUCUGUUUGGAGAUGUUACCAGCUUGACGCAGACCACCAGAAACCCUCGAAAAGAUGGAGUGCCAAGGAGAGGAUGAUGGAGAAGUCUGCAGAUGGGCGAGGGCGAGUUUAGUGCUGGUGAACAGCAAAAAUGAGAUCAGAGCACGAGUGCAACAGUUUGUGGAGGAAAGGAUGCAGACCACCAUGCUCACAGGUGUGCUGAUUGGAGCUGCAGUCGCAGUCUCACUGAUUGGGAUUGUGGUGCUCUUCCUUUACAGGAGAUUCAAGCUUGCUCGUCAACAACAGCCUGGUGUACCUCAGUAUCGCUUCAGAAAACGAGACAAAGUGCUCUUCUAUGGACGAAAGAUAAUGCGAAAGGUCCAGACGUUGUCCUCCAUUCCUCCUCCCCCCUCUACCUCAGUAACAAAACAACCGCAGCGCAUACGUAAAAGAACCAAAGUUCUAAGCAUAGCUCGCAAAAUCCUGAGGAUCCGCAAAGAUCCUCCCACCCUGCAGCCCAAGGAACCUCCUCCCUCCCUGCUGGAGGCUGACCUAACAGAGUUUGAUGUGCAGAGUUCAAACCUGCCCUCUGAGGUCCUUUACAUGUUGAAGAAUGUCAGGGUUUUGGGUCAUUUUGAGAAGCCCCUGUUCCUAGAGCUGUGUCGCCACAUGGUGUUUAUCGAGCUGCAGGAGGGCGAAGGUCUGUUCAGGCCAGGAGACGAUGACGACAGCAUCUACGUGGUCCAGGAUGGACGACUCGAGCUCUGUAUCCAGGAGAACGAUGGUACAGAACCUGUGGUGAAGGACGUGCUCCCUGGAGACAGCGUCCACAGCCUGCUCAGUAUUCUGGACAUCAUCACUGGUUAUCCAGCUCCAUAUAAGACUGUGUGUGCACGGGCUGCAACUCGCUCCACUAUCUUGCGUUUACCUGCAUCAGCCUUUGAGUCUGUGUUUAAGAAAUACCCAGAGACACUUGUUCGCGUCAUUCAGAUAAUCAUGGUGCGCCUCCAAAGAGUCACCUUCUUGGCAUUGCAUAACUAUCUGGGCCUAACCACUGAGCUCUUCAAUCCGGAGAGUCAGGCGGUGCCCUUGUCCAAUAUAAACAGUGUGAUGGGAGAGGCGACCACUGGGAAGACGACUCGUCGUUUGUACUUCCACGACGAGUUACCCGCUGGGACCGCUGGGACCGCGGAGAGCCCCACAGAGACAGAUGGUGUAAAGGACAGUCCUUCAAACAGCUCCAGGAAGCCGCGGUCCACCUCGAUGCCCACCGACUGCGCAGGUAAUGACCUGAACAUGGCUUGUGAACGAGCUCGGGUCACUAUAGAUGAGCCUCCAUCCAGUCCCCUCACGCCCAAAUCCAGCCUGAAGAAGAGUGUGACGAUGCAGCCUACACCCUCUGAAGUGUUUCACUACACAGACAGCGGGGGGCACUCUGAUGCCAUCCACCUCAGUAAGAGCUGCACAAUCCUCCAGGCUGCUAAGAAGGACCUGCUGAGAAUCAUCCAGCUGCAGGACCCCAGUCUACUUGAGGGCAGAGUGACCCUCCAUCAAGUCAAAGCUGGUUCUGUGGUGGCUCGUCAGGGCGACCAGGAGGUGAGCAUCCAGUUCGUGAUCUCCGGCCUCCUCCACGUUUACCAGCGGAUGAUCGACCGCGAAGAAGAGACGCGUCUGUUUGUGACGCACCCCGGAGAGCUUGUCGGUCAACUUGCCGUCCUGACCGGAGAGCCCCUCAUAUUCACUGUUCGGGCCCAGCGAGACUGCAGCUUCCUCUCCAUUUCCAAAACCCACUUCUACGAGAUCAUGCGUGUGGAGCCAAAGGUAGUGCUGAACGUUGCUCACACCGUGGUGAGGAGGAUGUCCUCUUUUGUCAGACAGAUAGACUUCGCUCUUGACUGGAUGGCUGUGGAAGCUGGCAGGGCGGUCUACAGGCAGGGAGAGAAAUCAGACAGCACUUUCAUCGUGCUGAGUGGUCGACUGCGCUCUGUGAUCAUGAAAGAAGAUGGCAAGAAGGAGCUCAUCGGAGAGUACGGACGCGGCGACCUGAUUGGAGUGGUGGAGGCCCUGACCCAUCAGAACAGAGCCACCACAGUGCACGCUGUACGAGACUCUGAGCUGGCUAAGUUACCAGAAGGAGCUCUCAGUUCCAUCAAGAGGAAGUUCCCACAGGUUGUCACCAGGUUGAUCCACUUACUGGGACAGAAGAUCCUCCAGCAGGUCAACGGUCCUCUGACAGCUCGCAGUUUGGCCCUCCACACUCCCGGCAGUAAGUGGGAUGCAGGGAACCAGGCCUCCAAUCUCUCCACUGUGACAGUCCUGCCUGUAUCAGAAGAAGUACCUCUCACUACCUUCACCCUGGAGCUGCAGCAUGCACUCAUGGCAAUAGGUCCCACUCUUCUGCUGACCAGUGAUAUUAUCAAACAGCGACUUGGAGCUGCAGCACUAGACAGCGUCCAUGAGUACCGUCUGUCCAGCUGGCUGGGCCAACAGGAAGACCUCCAUCGCAUAGUUCUUUACCAGACAGACUACACUCUGACCCCGUGGACACAGCGGUGCAUCCGUCAGGCCGACUGCAUCAUCAUUGUGGGACUAGGAGAGCAGGACCCUGCCGUCGGGGAGCUGGAGCGUAUGUUGGAAGCAAGUGCAGUGCGUGCCCAGAAGCAGCUGGUGCUGUUGCACAGAGAAGAUGGCCCCCCACCCAAAGGAACUGUAGACUGGCUCAACAUGCGGAGCUGGAUCUCCAGACACCUUCACCUCUCUUGUCCCCGAAGGGUCUUCUCUAAGAGGAGCCUGCCCAAACUGUUGGAGCUGUAUCAACGUGUGCUCGAGAAGCCAGCAGACCGUCACUCAGACUUCUCCCGCCUGGCUCGAGUCCUUACGGGCAACGCUAUUGCUCUUAUCCUGGGAGGAGGAGGGGCCAGGGGCUGUUCCCAGGUGGGGAUAAUGCGAGCUCUCUGCGAGUCCGGCAUCCCAGUGGACCUCAUUGGUGGCACCUCUAUCGGCUCCCUGAUGGGGGCACUGUAUGCUGAGGACCGUAGCCACAGCCGCAUGAGGAUGAGGGCCAAAGAAUGGGCAAUGGAAAUGACAUCAGUGUUUAAGAAGAUUCUGGAUUUGACGUACCCAGUUACCUCCAUGUUCUCCGGCGCGGCCUUCAACUCCAGCAUCAGCAAUGUCUUCAAGAGCAAACAGAUCGAGGACCUUCGGCUCCCGUAUUUCAACAUCACAACUGACAUCACUGCUUCUGCCAUGAGAGUACACACUGACGGUUCUCUGUGGCGUUACAUUCGUGCCAGCAUGUCUCUGUCUGGGUAUCUACCUCCUCUCUGCGACCCUAAAGAUGGACACCUGCUGAUGGAUGGAGGCUAUAUCAACAACCUGCCAGCUGAUGUGGCACGCUCCAUGGGGGCCAAAGUGGUGAUAGCUAUUGACGUGGGCAGCCGGUAUGAAACCAACCUCACUAAUUACGGCGACUCGCUCUCCGGCUGGUGGCUGCUAUGGAAACGCCUCAACCCCCUUGCUGAGAAAGUAAAGGUGUUAAACAUGGCAGAGAUUCAGACUCGGCUGGCCUACGUGUGCUGCGUUAGGCAGCUGGAGUCUGUGAAGAGCAGCGACUACUGCGAGUACAUCAGACCUCCGAUUGACAGAUACCGAACGCUGGAGUUCGGCAAGUUUGACGAGAUUGCCGAGGUGGGAUACCAGCACGGGAAGACUGUGUUUGACGUGUGGAUUCGCAGUGGAGUGGUGGAGAAAAUGAUGAAAGACCGACACCAGGAGGAGUUCCACACCCAAAGCAAGAACAAUGUGGUGACGUGUCCCAAUGCUUCCUUUACUGACCUGGCAGAAAUCGUGUCCCGCAUCGAGCCCGUCAAACCUGCUCUGGUGGAUGAGGAGUCAGACUACCACACUGACUAUGAAGAGGAGGCGAUGGAGAGCGCUCCGUCUGACAUGGAGCUAUACAAUCGCUACGGAGAGCACACUGAAGGGGAGGAGACUGCUGACACGGAUGAAGAGCUGGAAGGGAGAGGUGCACGCCGCAUUACCUCACUCACCGGCAGCCACGCCCAGACUCCCGCCGUCUCUGACAGUCCGUCAAACCGGGAAGUCCUUUCCAAACAGUCCAUUAAGUGAAGACCGGUCUAACGAGCUCUGCCUGAUCAGGUCGUCACAAUUUAACCUGCCUGUCUUUUACCCUCCAGUCUGUCCCCUGCCCUUGAGACUGACAGCAUGACUGUGAUUACCAUUUUGCCCUCUGUAACCCUGGCCUCGUUAGCUGCGUGGCUGACAUAACAAAUGGCAAUACAGGCAGCUAAUAUCACAUACACUCAGCUGCAGAUUCUAUGCAUUCCUAUUAUACUCCAGCAGCUGCAAGUCUGAUCAUUUCUCAUAUUGAGACAGUCAAGAAGUACUUUCUGUAACUUUACAUGAAUCACAACAGUCCGGUAGAAGAUAGAAGGAAGGAAUAUUUAUUGUGAAAACUAUCACUCGCGGUUGAUUACACUUAGAUUUAAGGAGUUUCAACUAGAUAUGAGAUUUGCGUUAAGGAGUCAGGUCUCCUGAAUUACAAAAUAACCUUUUUUCCUCACUUCUCUUUUAUCUAGAAACAGAUAGUUAGCAAAAAAAGAGAGUAAAACAAGCAGCACACUACGCGGCCAUGGAUGUCAGCACAGCUUUGUCAAACCCAGUGUGCCAGGGACAUGGAGGGAAGUAAUGAUUGAAAUCCACUUCAAAGCACUAGUUUCCCCUCUCAGCUUGGUGAGAGAGAGCCCCCCCAACCAUCUGUUUUCUGGCUUGAAUAUAGCAGACACAGACUGAGCAGCAGACAGUGUGGAUCUGUUGGGUGAACUCUGCAGCUCAGUACAGUUUAUGCACAGGGGCUAUUUGCAGCAGCAGGACAGUUCUUCACAGGAACACGGUGUAACACAAGUUAUUUGGCUUGACAAGAUACUGUAUGUUUUAGCUUUUUUUUUUUGGUAGUGAUUUGGAUCUUUUGAAACUGCCAUUAAGAUGAUCAGAUGUUUGUUGCAUACAUAAUAUAUAAAAAAAAUUGAAUAACUAAAUAUUUUCAUAUUUAAGCCAAUGUGUACAACCUAAGCCCUAGAUGAUUUUUUAUGCACAAGCCACACCAGCUGGACAAUCACUCCAGAAAAUGCAAUGCACAAAAUGAACAAAUACACUAAUGAAUUGUUAUAUAGCCUUGUUUAACAUGCCUCUCUGUAUGACACUUUACCAUUUUUAUAGAGUUAACUUAACCUCAGUCACACCUAGGGGCUGCAACUAACGAUUAUUAUUAUUGAUUGAUUGGUGUGAUAUUUAUUUUUUUCAAUAAUAGAUUGAUCUUUUAGUCUUUAUAAUGUCAGAAAAGUAACAAAAAUGGGUAUAAAAAUUUCUUAGAGCCCAAGGUUAAAUUGUUUUUGUCUGACAAACCGUCCAAAAACCCAAAGAUAUUUAGUUUACUAUAAAGAAAUUCCAGGAAAAGCAACAAAAUUUUGCUUCUGAUCAUUCAUUAAAUCAUUAAAUCAUUAAAUGUUUGGCAUUUUUGCUUUGAUGAAUGACUUAAACAAUUAAUUGAUUAUCAUAGUUGGUAGUUUUGUGUUGAUUUACUAAUAGUUUCAGCCCUAAUCGCCUUAUUACCAGAGCCCUAACAAUACUACAUAACAAACAUUUUUUAAAGAUGAUUCCUUCAAUUUGUUUCUGAAAUAAUUAAAUCAAAAUAUUUACUAAGUGGGACAUUUUUUAAUUGAAAAUCAAACUUGUCUGUGUUCUCUUGUGAUUGUUACUUUUUCUGUUACUGUUACCUACACGUGUUAAAAUUCAAAUACAGCUGCACUGAGCUAACAUCAGCUGCGCAAUUUAUCAGUUAGGCUCUCAUCAUUAGAAUAUCAAUGCAACUUUUCAUGAUUUCAUUUUCCACAGCACCCUGUAAGCCUCACCGUAUGAAGCUGUGAUCUCAGCUAAUGCUGGUGCUACAGUGCCUGCAGCCUUACACAUAUAGACAGUAGGAGAAACCCAGUGAUAAACAAUAUGGGAAUCCUAUAUGGUGUUGGUUAAAUGGAGUCUCUACACAGAAUGUUAGAGUAAGGCGGAGAUAGGAAAAUGUUGUUUACUCAUGAGGUAAUGGUGUUUGUACUGGUGGGUUUUUUUUGUACUGUUGGGUGGUUUCCAAAAACCGAGCACAAUGAAUUGAUGUUGUCUGGCAGAAUGAAUGUUUCACUACUUUAUUAAAUGGGACAUGGUAAUGGAUGAAGUGCUGAUGUAAUGUGUGGAACUGUGCCAUAAAGUUAAUGUUACAAAGCCUUAGAUGACCCUUACGGAAAAACAACCAUGCGUGCCCUCAUUUAGCAUUAGUGUGCAAUGAUGAAUGUUUACCAGUAAGCCCGUACUCUAUCACAUCAGUUACUUGUUUAUAUUUAUGUUGUUUGAUAAAUAUCAUUUUUGAUAAUCAAUUGUUACUAAUAAACCACUGUCUGUUGUA